CGGGUGUAGCGGUGGGGGUGGUGGUGCAAGGGGACAAGUGGAGAGGGAGGAAUGUGGUUGACCCAAUGGCGAGGCGGCACCGAAACACUCAUCACAACAAAGCGCGCGUCACCGCCACGUGUGUUAUUCCGGCAACAAAGUGGCCCUCUCUCUCGCUCGCUCGCCUCCUUCAAAAGGCGCAGGAGCGAGCGCAGCCCAGGGGCACAACGCAAUUCAAUUGUGACCGAGAGCCAACGAACGCUAACUAGUACUCCGGCGUGUUACUUUUGCGGUUCGGUUUAAACCGCCUUUAUUUUUUUGUUAUUUCUUUCUCUAGCACGCGCGCUCUCGCUCUCUCUCUCUCUCUUUGUUGCUGUUUGACUUGUGCGGUGGUUUUGUUGAGUUUUUUUUGACAAAGGGGAAAAGAUGCCUUUCUUGGGUCAGGACUGGCGGUCUCCUGGUGGCAGCUGGGUCAAGACUGGCAGUGGAUGGAAGAGGGGCAGCCACGACAAAGUCAACGACAUCAUUAAAUUCAUGUCUCAAGAAAACAAGGAAAACUCUGUACAAGAACAGGACUUUGAAGUUGUCGUGAAAAAAAGGCGGAAGGACAUGCUAAACAAUACUGCCAAGACACAAUAUUUCCAUAAGGAUAAAUGGAUAUACGUUCACAAGGGGAGCACGAAGGAGCGUCACGGCUACUGCACCCUGGGAGAGGCGUUUAAUCGACUCGACUUUUCUGCCGCAAUCCAUGACAGACGGCGCUUCACCUACGUUGUACGGCUUCUGCAGCUGAUCGCGCAGAGCCAACUGACCUCUUUAAGUGGGGCCGCGCAGAAAAACUAUUUCAACAUUCUGGAAAAGAUUGUUAACAAAGUGCUCAAGGACCAGGAGAAUCGCUUGAUCAAAGAGCUCCUGCAGGGUCUGCACACGUCCCUGUGCCAGCUGGUGGAAGGCGUGGGGAAGUCUGUGCUGGUGGGCAACAUUAACGUGUGGUACCUUCGCAUGGAGAGCAUCCUGCAGUGGCACUACCAGCUCAAGCAUAUUCAAAUCACAGCCAGAGAAGAUGAAGGUCUGACUCUAGUUGACCUCCCAGCUGACAUGCAGCUCAAUAUUCUGCGGCGCCUGGCUGACGGGCGCGACAUCCUCAGCAUGGGCCGCGUGUCGGCUCGCCUCAGCGGGCUCUGCGAGGACCGCCUGCUGUGGAAGCGCCUCUGCCAGUACCACUUCACAGAACGCCAGUUCCGCAGGCGCCUGAUGUGAACGACAAAGGGCAGUGAUUGGCAGAGAAUGUACUUCAAGAUGCAGCGCUGCUACCCUCGCAAGGAAGAGUAUGGCGACACCCCACAAUUCUGCCGCCACUGCCACGUGCUCUUCUGGAAGGACACUGGCCACCCUUGCACAGCUAAUAAUCCUGAGUGUGCCUACAUUCCACUCUCCCCACAAGCCUUCAUCAAUCUGUUCAAAUUCUGAUGAAACUGAGGACCGCUGCCCUGGAACGGUGUGCUCCCAAUGCCUGCGUAAACAGUGCCAAGUUAUACAAACGAAACUUUUUUUUUCAAGAGGACGAUUUUCUCAGGGACUAGUAA